AUGGAUGAUAUUCUUCAUCAGUGGUCGAAGCAAUUGGAUGAGCAUACAAAAGCUUUCCGCGAGCAGGCUAAAAAGAUUUCUGAAUGGGAUCGUAAGCUAUUUUCUAACGGACAUCAGAUCAGCCAACUGUAUCAGAUGACUGUGGACACAGAGGCGACACAGAAGACAAUCGAUCAGAACCUGGAUUAUAUCGACUCACAGCAACAGGAGCUUAGUGGCAUUCUAGAUUUGUAUGAGGAUCAGGUGCAAAAGAUGUUUGAGAAGGAUGCUGCUACUGCAGGAGUGAAUGCCAAUGGUCUGAGACCUGUAGAUGAGCAACGUGAGCAAACAUAUAGCUUGGCUGAGAACCUCAACAAGCAACUAGAUGAUAUGUCGCUUAACUUGACCAAUAUGAUUGAGGAAAUCAAUCAGACCUCACCCAAAGCUGAUGGCGAAAGCAAUGAUCCUGUUGGACAAAUUAUUCAGAUCUUGAACGCCCAUUUGACGAGUCUGCAGUGGAUUGAUGACAGUACAACACAAUUGCAAUCAAAGGUGCAGGAGGUGGGUAGACUACAGAACCAAUUGAUCAAGGAGCAUGAGAGCUAUCGUAGCCGUGGUGUCUUUACAGGUCGAUCAUAA